AUGGGUGAGGCCGCGAUCAGCCCCUUUGCCACCAUCAAUGUGAAGUCUCACAUCCCCAUCAUGCUGGACCUUGGAGCCUCCAACUACACCAAGUGGAGCAUCUUCUUCCUCGACAUGUGCGGCAAGUUUGGGCUGCUCAGGCACAAUGACGGGGCUGCUGCUCCUAAUCGUGUCGAUGCGCCCUAUACCCAAAACGACUGCUGUGUUCACACUUGGCUGUAUGGCUCUGUCUCGAAGUCCGUCCUUGACUUCUCCAUGGCGCCCAAGCAGACGUCACGACAGCUUUGGGUCGCCAUUGAAAAUCACUUUCAAGCGAACAAAGCUCCUCGCUCCAUCUACCUGAGUCAUGAAUUCCACACCAUGACUUAG